AUGGCAGUUAUGUGUUUCCUAGCUGGACUCCCUUCUAAGUUUGAAUCUACUAAAUCUCAGGAGUCAGGAGGGAUUGUGUGCUACUACUGUCAUGAACCCGGUCACACAAAGCGCGCGUGCAAAACGUUGCAAAAUAAGGCCCAGAAAACUCAGUCAGCUCAUGUUACUGCUACUGAUACUUCUGAGAAGACGGUUAUGAUUUCAACUGAUGAGUUUGCCAACUUUUCUCAGUAUCAAGAAUCAUUGAAGUCCUCAUCUACUUCCAUCACUGCUCUCGCCGAGUCAGGUUAUCCUAGUCUCUUUUCAACAUAUCAGUCACAUAAUUCCUCGUCUACUGUUACUUUAGCUGAUGGGUCAACUUCUUGUGUUCUUAGGUCUAGGUCUGUUAACCCUACUCCGUUAAUUUCCCUAUCCUCUGUAUUGAGUCUACCACAGUUCGCUUUUAAUUUAAUUUCCGUGAGUAAACUCACUCGUGCUCUUAAAUGUUGCAUCUCAUUUUUCCCUGAUCAUUUCAUGUUUCAAGAUCUUACGACGAGACAGAUUAUUGGUAAAAGACAUGAAUCUGAAGGGCUCUACAUCCUUGACACACAGACAUUAAGAAACGAUAAUGCCAAAGAAUAUUUUUCGAGUUCUUUUCAAUCUUAUAUGAGUCAGCAUGGCAUUCUUCAUCAAUCCUCUUGUGUUGACACACCGUCCCAAAAUGGAGUAGCCGAGAGGAAAAAUAGGCACCUUCUUGAAACCGCCCGAGCCCUAUUAUUUCAAAUGCAAGUUUCUAAACAGUUUUUGGCCGAUGUAGUUUCCACGGCUUGUUUUCUAAUUAACGGCAUGCCUUCAUCUAUUCUGAAUGGUUUCACUCCUUACAGUGUCCUCUUCCCGUCUAAGCCUUUGUUUCUUAUUGCACUAAAGAUAUUUGAUAAUACUUGUUUUGUUCAUGAUGUUCAACCCCAGGGGGAGGACGAUGACUUACUAAUCUACACUGCCACAUCCCUACCGACUACUCCUACACCUGAGGCUUCCCCACCUACUGUUCCUCCUUCGGCACCACCUCCUCUCCGUCCAGUACCUCAAAUUCGCAUUAUCUAUUCUCGUCGACAAGAACCUCCUGUACCAGUCCCUUCGUCGUCAGAUCCAGUCUCUAGUGAUCCCAAUACCUGUGUUCCUCAUCAAGAAAACCCUCAGAAUUCAUGUCCUGCCCAAGACUCUUCGUCGUUAGAUCCAACCUUGAGUGAUCUUGAUCUUUCUAUUACUCUUCAAAAAGAAGAGAUGAAUGUUUUAAAUGUUAAUGGUACUUGGACCUUGGUUGACUUACCUACUGGAAAGAGACAUAUUGGAUGCAAAUGGGUGUUUGCUGUUAAAGUAAAUCUUGAUGGGUCAGUGGCUAGGCUUAAAGCUCGUCCUGGGGAGUAUGGGAAAGUUUGUCAUCUUUGCAAAUCGUUGUAUGGUUUGAAACAGAGUCUACAUGCUUGGUUUGAAAAGUUCAAUCAGGUAGUUGAAAAGUUCGAAAUGACAAAAAGCAAGUCUGAUCACUCAGUCUUUUACAAACAAUCGGCAGUUGCCAUUAUUCUUCUUGUCGUAUAUGUUGAUGACAUUAUCAUCACUGGGAGUGACACUACAGCGAUUUCAUUGCUUAAGUCCUUUCUUCACACCCAGUUUCAUACAAAAGAUUUAGGAGUGUUGAAGUAUUUCUUGGGGGUUGAGGUAACAAGCAAGAAAUGCAUUUUCCUCUCUCAAAAGAAAUAUGUACUUGACUUAUUAACUGAGACAGGAAGAUUGAGAGCUAAGUCAUGCAGUACGCUAAUGUUUUCUAAUUCGCAACUUACCAAAGAUGGUGAAUUGUUUAAAGAUCCUAAGAGGUAUAGAAGACUGGUUGGAAAGUUGAACUAUCUAACAGUCACACGUCCUAAUAUUGCAUACUCUGUCAAUGCAAUUGGGCGGGUUCCAAGAUAG